AUGCCUCUUUCACAAGCGGGUGGCCUUCGCUUGGCUGCAUCAGCCUUUGGCACCAUUUUUAUCGGCUUUGGCAUCAAUGCCAUUCUUCGUCCCGACCACGCCCUGACAUUUUUCGAGUUCGCUCCGCCUGUUGGCGCCGCCGAUCACAGACUCGUCGACAGCCUAAUGGCGGUCUAUGGAAUCCGCAACAUCUUCAUGGGGCUUGCGAUUUACGCUGCAGCAUUUCUCGGAACAUCGGCGUCACUCGGUCUGACCCUGAUCUUUGCCAGUGCAGUUGCAGUUGGGGAUGGCGCGGUGUGCUGGACCCACGGCCAGGGCCAGUGGAGUCAUUGGGGGUAUGCGCCGAUGAUCGCGGUGGUUGGCAGCCUGCUGCUAGGUAUCUUUGAUCGCAGAUGA